GAGCCAUGCCACCAGAGGCAAACUUUCAAACCCCGGGGCCGCUCGGGGCUGGCAGCAGGAGAACGCCAUCCCAUCUCUGUAACGCUCAGAGGGACCCCAGGACUGGGAAUUCCGUGAUUCCCCUCAGGCCUCUGGCAGAUGGAAGCGGGUGUCCUGGCCUAAGCCACAGCAUGGAGACCACGCCCUUGGAUUCUCAGAAGGAGCUGUCCGCCCAGAACGAGGGAGCAGACUGUCAGGAAAAUGGGGUCCUGCGCAAAGGCAUCCCCGCCCCGGGCGACAAAGCAGAGCGGGGCCACAUCUCCAACGGGUACUCCGCGGUCCCGAGCCCGGGGGCAGGAGAUGACACCCCGCCGGCAGCCACCGCCGCCCUCGUGGCCGAGGUUCACCAGGGGGAACGGGAGACCUGGGGCAAGAAGGUGGAUUUCCUCCUGUCGGUCAUCGGCUACGCGGUGGACCUGGGCAACGUGUGGCGCUUUCCCUACAUAUGCUACCAGAACGGAGGAGGAGCCUUCCUCCUCCCCUAUACCAUCAUGGCCAUUUUCGGAGGGAUCCCGCUUUUCUACAUGGAGCUCGCGCUGGGCCAGUACCACCGAAAUGGCUGCAUCUCCAUAUGGAGGAAAAUUUGUCCCAUCUUCAAAGGCAUAGGUUACGCCAUCUGCAUCAUUGCCUUCUACAUCGCCUCGUACUACAACACCAUCAUGGCCUGGGCUCUCUACUACCUCAUCUCCUCCUUCACCGACCAGCUGCCCUGGACCAGCUGCAAGAACUCCUGGAACACCGGCAACUGCACCAACUACUUCUCUGAGGACAACGUCACCUGGACCCUCCAUUCCACGUCCCCCGCUGAAGAGUUUUACACGCGCCACGUGCUGCAGAUCCACCGGUCAAAGGGGCUCCAGGAUCUGGGGGGCAUCAGCUGGCAGCUUGCCCUGUGCAUCAUGCUGAUCUUCACUGUGGUCUACUUCAGCAUCUGGAAAGGCGUCAAAACCUCGGGCAAGGUGGUGUGGGUGACAGCGACAUUCCCUUACAUCAUCCUCUCAGUCCUGCUGGUGCGCGGAGCCACCCUCCCUGGAGCCUGGCGGGGUGUCCUCUUUUACCUGAAACCCAACUGGCAGAAACUCUUGGAAACGGGGGUGUGGGUGGACGCUGCGGCUCAGAUUUUCUUCUCUCUCGGUCCUGGCUUUGGGGUCCUACUGGCUUUUGCUAGCUACAACAAAUUCAACAACAACUGCUAUCAAGAUGCCCUGGUGACCAGUGUGGUGAACUGCAUGACCAGCUUCGUUUCGGGAUUUGUCAUCUUCACAGUGCUCGGGUACAUGGCUGAGAUGAGGAACGAGGAUGUGUCCGAGGUGGCCAAAGAUGCAGGCCCCAGCCUCCUCUUCAUCACCUAUGCCGAAGCCAUCGCCAACAUGCCGGCAUCCACAUUCUUCGCCAUCAUCUUCUUCCUGAUGUUGAUCACACUGGGCUUGGACAGCACGUUUGCAGGCUUGGAGGGAGUGAUCACGGCGGUGCUGGAUGAGUUCCCACAUGUCUGGGCCAAGCGCAGGGAGUGGUGCGUGCUUGGCGUGGUCGUCACCUGCUUCUUCGGAUCCCUGGCCACCCUGACCUUUGGAGGGGCCUACGUGGUGAAGCUGCUGGAGGAAUAUGCCACGGGACCCGCGGUCCUCACGGUGGUGCUCAUAGAAGCGGUGGCCGUGUCUUGGUUCUACGGCAUCACUCAGUUCUGCAGCGACGUGAAGGAAAUGCUUGGCUUCAGCCCUGGAUGGUUUUGGAAGAUCUGCUGGGUGGCCAUCAGCCCUCUGUUUCUCCUGUUCAUCAUUUGUAGUUUCCUGAUGAGCCCCCCGCAGCUGCGGCUUUUCCAGUAUAGUUACCCGCACUGGAGCGUCAUCCUGGGCUACUGUAUAGGGACCUCGUCUUUCAUCUGCAUCCCAACGUAUAUCACUUACCGGCUCAUCACCACUCCUGGGACCCUUAAGGAGCGUAUUAUUAAAGGUAUCACUCCAGAAACACCGACAGAAAUUCCCUGUGGGGACAUCCGCUUGAAUGCUGUGUAACACGCUUUCCCUGCGAGGAUCCUGGCUUCCCAGCAACGUCCUCCUCCUGUCCUGACUUUGUCACCCCUCGCCUUCUUCCAUCUGAGUGGACGGUUUCCAGCUAAGCCUGGCAACGGAAGGGUUUCCUCCAGAGAAGCAGCCCCCCGGGAUUAUGGUGCCCAGACUCUAUGGCCUCCCGCCAUUUCUUCCCAUGACAUCUCUUGGACACAGGACCGUGUUGGACUCUAUCUCCGAUGCAGCCAAACGGACUCAUGUUGGGCAUGUGAGGGUAUGCGUGGGAGGUGAUGGGUGACAAGCACCCUGUUUAUAUUUAGAGUCUAGUCUGCGAACGUCUGCGUGUCCGUGUUUGGUGUGAUCACUGUUCCCUGACAUGUUUGCUUCUAACGGUUUCACUGCUCCUGAGUGCACAGACCACAUAGGAGGAAGCCCGGAGGUUGUCUUGCGAGCUGUGUGUUUUCUGAGUAGCAUAGAAUUCUCUCGCUGGAGUCCUCUACCUGUGUGCUGCUAUGGACUCCGGCGUGCAAGAGACUCGUGUUAAGAAGCUAAACAGAAAAACUCUGUGUCUGUGUGAGCUUAUGUGUCGGUGUACACUGCUGUUUGUGCAGCCUCCCCCCGUGUCAGUGCUUUAGGCCCAGGACAAGCUAUACGGAGUUCCUGUGACUUUUUUCCUACAUUCACAAGUUCCAUCCAAGACUUACAUGCAGAUUGUCUGUUGUCAUUCGAAAGGUACAUUUAUGACAAGAUGUUCUGCCACCUCCUCCUUUUCCAGUGACACUACAUCCGCCCACACACCUUUCUUUAGGGGCCAGCCCUUAAGCAUUUGCUGUACUUCAUUGCCAUCUUCCUGUCUCACGCUGCUAAACAUGCUGGGAGACAUUUCCCAGGCAAACCUGGUUGAUUUCUUUUGCCACCGUGGCUUGGCUGUGAACGACUUUGAAGAUGGAUGGCAACCCGGGCUCCUCCAACGUUCCCUUGGCCAUCUGGUUUCAUCUGGUCUACUGAAAAGGACGGAGUUUGACCAUUCCGGUUACAAAUUUGUUUCAUGCAGGGAAUAGAUAUCCAAUUCUUGUUUAGCUCUAGAGUCUGGCACCUUGACCAUCAGCCAAGAGUGUCCUCAGUACAAGAGCAGUUGGCGAGUCUGGAUCAUCCUUACGUGGAUUUGCCCCUCCCUCCCUCCAGCCACAGCCGUGACUCUUCUUGCGAUCGUGCUGCGAGCCUUCCCGACCAUUCUCAAGACAGUCUUAGGGGCCAGUUAAGUAAAGGCCCUUCCAGCAUUCCCAUGAACGUUCCCAAUGCAGUAUUUUUCAAGUACCCUUCUCCUCUGACGGCUUGUGCCUCUCAGGUGCCUCGGUAAAGAAGCAAAUUGUACUUUGUAGUGUGAAGAUUUCUAAUCAAAACCUUCAAGUGAAUAAAGCACUUUUUCCAAGUAGAUGAAGGUUUCACCAAGUCAGCUAUUAGAUACACAUGUAGGAUGUCCCAACAGUUUGCAAACUCUAGUAAGUUUACUAAACUUGGGGGGAGGGGAGUAAAUCUACAAUCUGUUUCACAACAUUUGCAUUUAUUUAACUAUUACUAGUACUGUGGAUUUUUUUUAAAGAAAAAGUUAAGAAUAGGGAGACUGAUUUUAAAAAUCAUCACUUAAAGCCCCAUUACAUCUAAUAAAGCCUUUCAUAAAAGUGUGAUGAAAAUGGAA